GCCACAUGGAAGAUAUCGUUUGAUUGGCUGCAGUAUAUAAUCCUUAAGGCUACACUAAUUAUCAAUUGAAGUCAAAGGUCUGAAUUUUCGCUAAGCUGACCAGAUAACUUUAUAUUUGACCAUCGGAAUUCACUGGACGCUGACCUACCUUGCUCGUUUCAAUAGUGACUAAAUACAGUAGUGUUAGACUAUCGAUUUUGGGAUAACUCUGAGCCAGGUAUAAGUCUGUACAAGGAGAAGGUGUCUGUUUAACUCUGUCAUUCCAUGGACACGAGUAGUGAACCCCCCAAGGGAUGGCUGACUAAGUCACCCCCAGAGAAGAAGCUGGGCAAUCACAUCAAGCUCUUCCGCGCAAAGUGGAAGAGACGUUUCUUCGUGAUGACCGUCAAAGAUGGCCGACACGAGCUGGCUUACUACAAGGAUCAGAGUUGCCAGAACAAAAAAGGCACCGUCAACCUCAAAGACUGCAAGAGCACCUCUCGCGUUCUCCAGACGAACGGGUUCCCCAAUCUCCUGGCCGUCAAAACCAUCAGCAAAAACAAACCCAGGACCUAUUACCUGGCUGCUGACAAUAGCUACGAGGUGGACAAUUGGCUGCACUGGUUGCACCUAGUCAGCGGUAUCAAAGAUGAAGCUUUGUCUAAUAAUGAUGAUUCUAAGACCAAAGAGCAUCUAGAAUGCAACCAGCCGGAGAUCAUAUGCAGGAUAUCAUCUGAUCCUCAGCCUGACUCUGUCCAGUGCAGCGACGUGUCUGUGCAAUACUCUCUUGGGGAUGCAGAUUCAGAAGAAAAUCCUAGCUCUGAAGAUUCACCGAAAGCAGAGCGUAACUCGAGUCCGCAGUUCGCUGACUUCAUUCAGUAUCUCAACGAGAGAUUAACAGUCACACAGAAUUUAGGCCAUCUUCCUUCGCCUCUCUCUGGAAGCAGUACUUCAUUGGAGACAAAAACUGUCAUGAACCCGCCAGAAAUCACUCUCGACUUGCUUAUCUAACGAUCAACGCCAACAUUAAAAUGUCCCGAGAUCGACAUUAUUAAAGGUUCUUGUAGGUCAAAUCUGUCCGAUCACAGCUAUGUAAAUACAUCCCCAAUGGCCCACUUGGUCAAUCCAGAGAUCCAAUCCAAUUGACUCAAUGACCAAUGCUUCUUAUUACGAAUGAGGUUUCAGACAACUAGCCCUAAAUCUGAUAAGAACGUCGCAAUGGUCUCUAGAUCAAACAUCGCCUUGAAACAAAAAAUGAGUAAAUAAAAAUUGAAAUCAAAAUGAAAGUCAUCACCUCUAGAGGCUGGGGCAUUGUGGAUCGGCUUGUAAAUACGGAUGACAAAAUAAAAUGAAGAUAAAUAUGCAUCACAUUUUCUGUUUCAGUAUUGAACUUAUGUUGAAUAUAUCCACACUAUGUUAUCAAUAUGCAAAUAGGAAUCUGAGUUGUUUGUUACCAUGUACAUAUAAACAUAUGGUCUAUUACUUACGUUAAGUAAUAACGAUUAAUAUUUUGAAAAAGUUUCAUUUACAAGACACAUCUUCCUUUAUGAAGCUGAUGACUUUCAGUAAGAGAGAUUUUUUAUUGGUUGUAAAUAACUUAAUGAAUGAUAGAUUUUAUUAAAAAAAAAAUUGAACAUUUCCUACCCCUCCCCAAUUCUCUCCACCCCCCAGACCCAUCCCGAAAACAAAUCCUGGUUAGGCGAAUGUCUAAAUCCACUCAGAAUAGAUUAAGUUCUACUGCUAGGCCUCUAGAUCUAAGCUUACAAGACAGUGCGCAGCAUGUUCCUGGGCGUCUAUAUUAUUUUUUUAACUCUUUAAUGAAUACAUGCGGGAAUAACCUAUAAAUAAUCUGUUCGAGACAUAGAAUGUCUAGACCUGCAGACCAAAUGUAAUUUUAAAGUAGAUUCUAAUUUGAAAAAUCAAAACGGUCAAACCAAAGUUUACCCCGUGUGGCCAAUUAGCAAGCAUUUUUGUUCUCCCGAAAAUGUACAUAAUCUCUCUAAUUUCUAGGCAAAUCGUUUAAGUCAUCUUUUGAGAUCCAUGUCCGCCCAAUCACCACCAUUAAUUAAUGAAGAGUUUGCAAGAUGAAAAGAGGAAUUGUAAAACUCUUUAUUUCGCACUUAAGUUUUCAUAAGAUCUUUAUUAUUUUAGUGAUUUUAAUAAUCGUAUGACUAUUUUACUGUACAGUUGAGUACAAUGUAGAGCGUCUGUUGAUAGAAGUGACGCUAACAUGACUACAUGGCCACUAUAUCAGCAAGUGGUUUAGAGAGUUUAUGACAAAAAUAAAUAUAUU